UGGGGAAACCUGGUGUAAAGCACUGUAUUUCAUUAUCCAGUGGGCUGGAUAUGAAAGCGUUCCUUUGGGGACUUGUCACUAGAGUUGCAUGCAUGCAGUCAAGCACAUUCAAGUAUUUUUCAAGAAAGCAGGGAACAUGAUCUCCGAUACAAACUGAAGCAGAUGAGUGAGGAAACUACGAAACGGGAUUUAAUCACUGUUCUACUGGGAGCGCAUUUUACUCUCUGGGAGUGAGGAGCGCUGGUGAAGGGGGUUCGCUGUACCCCGAACGUCACGUCACAGGCUGCUCUACCCUGGAAGAAAGUUUGCAUUAUCAGCCUUUCGAGUUGCUGCUAGGAGAGGGACCAAAACGUCUAACCUCAAUGCUUACAUGUUUAAUAUUUGUCUACUUUUUUUCCGUUGUAUUAAAAUGAAGUGCCUUCCCACCGGAUUCGUCUUAAAAAGUGCCUUAUUUCCCUUAUUGCUCACCUUUCCAUUGAUCAAUGGAACGCCGUCACGGUAUAACAUGUUCCAGGGAAGCGCAUACUCUGGCUCAGAACAACGACAGAGGAAUAAAAACUGGUGUGCAUACGUCGUGCACAAGAACGUGAGCUAUGCGGUCGUGGGUGGCACGGAGAGCUUUGUGCAGCCGGAGUCUGCGCCUUGCCAGAUGCAUCAACUCAACUGCGCGCAACAAGUGAUGUAUCGAACCCAAUUCCGCCCCAUGUAUAAGGUUGGCUAUAAGCUGGUGACAGAGCUGGAGUGGAGGUGCUGUCCAGGGUACCAGGGUCAUGACUGCAAAGACCUGAAAGGUGUCCCGUCCCGUCAGACAGUCCUGGGGCCUCGGUCCAACCCGCCUCCUGCCCCUGGACACAUCGCAGAGACACAGGGUCCGGGGCAGCAGGCGUGGGGUCAGGGUGGCCACCCCUGGGGGGCAGAGGGGCAGCCAGGAGAUCAGACAGGCCAGGGGGGGGUGAGUGGCCAGGUGGCGAGCCAGGGAGGGAGUCAAAGGACACAGCAGAUGGAGGAGGAGGUGCAGCGUCUGUCACAGCAGGUCCUGGACAUGCAGGCAGCCAUGACCAGCCUGUCUGCCAACCUGAGGGUGGAUCUGCAGGAGGACGCCAGCAAAAUGCUGGUCACGCUGCUCAACAACUUGCGGCAGCCGGAAAGCGUGCGUGGCGAGCAGCAGAGCAUGCUUCUGCAGGACAUCUCCCUGGAAAAGGAGUACAAAAUGGUGGACAUGGAUGAGUUCACAAACAAGAUCAACAACCUCACAGACACCCUCAACACCAAGAGCAACACCCUGGAUGACCUCCAUUCCAGGGUCAACCACCAUGACGGACAGCUACGUCUGCUAAUGGAGGCCACACAGGCCCCUCUAGCCACACCCCCUCCCGCUCCCCCGGCCAAUGACGCGGCCCUGCGCGCCUACGUGGAUGCAAAGUUUCACGCCCUAAGGGACGAGAUGAUGGAGGGCAUGGAGAUCAAGAUGUCAGACUUGAAGAACUCGUGUGACUAUAAGAUUCUGUCAGUGCAGGAGCAGUCUGAGUUCCAGGAGAACAGCUACCUCAGCCUGACCGAGCUCCUCGAGUCCAAGGAGAUGGACCUCCGCAAGGAGAUCCAGGACCUCAAGAAUGAGCUGCCUGGUCUGCUUAGGGGAGACGGAACCCCACCAGGUCUGCAGGAGCUGCAGAAAGAGCUGUUCCGGGUCUCCGGGGACCAGCCGAGACUCCAGUCCAGCCUAGAGAAGAAGCCCGAGCCUGACCAACUCCUGCCCCAUGUGGAAGAGCUGGAGGCCCAUCUAAACAUGUCAGAGAGGAGUGUGAAAGUGCACAGCCUCUUCCUAGAGGAGAAGCUAAGGAGAGAGUGGGCAGAGGGGGCUACGAACCUGAAGAAGGCCAUUGAGGACAGGAUGAGCUCCAUGGAGGACCGGGUCACCAGUCUACUGGUGGAGAUAAGCAGCCCCCUAUCUAGGCCUCAGGCUGGGCUGGAGGCACUGCCGGGUGAGGUGACCUCUCACAAGACCAGCGUUCAGGCUCUGGAGGACAGAUUCAAUGCCCUUGACCAGCUGUGCUCCACAGAGUGCAAGUCUGACCAACUGGCCAUAGAGAGCAUUCAAAAUAUCCUACAGGUCUACAAAACCAGCCUAGACACCAUGCAGUCUAGCAUGAAAGGCCACUCAGCUAGUCUUGGAGACAUGGAGGAGUUUGUCCAAGGGCAGCUCCUGAACCAUACCGCCAGUCUUACAGAUACGCAGGAAGAGCUAUGGGCUCUGAAAGGACGUAUGGGAGGACAGGAGGGCUUCCUGUCAGCCCUGGGGCUCUCUCUUAGCCAGCAGUCCCUGGAGCUCCAAGGGCAGCUUCUGAACCACAGUGCCAGUCUUGCAGGUGUAGAAGAAGCACUUGAAGCUCUCAGUGGGCGUAUUGGAGUGCAGGAAGGCUCUCUGUCAGACUUGGGUGUCUCUCUCAGUGCUCAUCUUAAAGAUGUGCGGGGAGAGCUGGGAGCUCUCAGCGAGCAUAUUGGAGGACAAGAGGGCUCUCUAUCGGCCCUGGGUGUAUCUCUCAGCCGGCAGUCCCUGGAGCUCCAGCAACUGAACACCUGUUGCCAGAGCAGCGUGGGACCGGCACAUGAUGCCAGGAACCUGCUGGAGCUCCACCUGGCCCAGAGAGAGGAGCUAAGGGCCCGGCUGGAGGAACUGGGACAGAAGGUGAGGUCCGAGGCAGACCACUGCAGGAACAGGACCGAGGGUGUAGCUCUGGACGUUACAACUGUAGAUGGCCGGGUUGCCAGCUUGGAUAACAUGUGCAGCAGGCUGGAGCCCAUCUCCAGCAGCCUGCACAGGAUCAAAGAGGGGCUGAACAAGCACGUGACCGGCCUGUGGAACUGUGUCAGCGAGAUCAACGACACCCUGCUUGCCCACACCAAGGACAUCGAAGGACUGAAGGGAACAUAUCAGAACCUCCAGGACCACUUCUCAGUCAUCACCCAGGACCUCCAUCAUCUAACCACCAGUCCUGAGAACACUGGCGUUCAUGGAGGUGUGGAGGAGUCUGGUAAUCCCACUGAGACCAAGCCUGUCCCUCAGAGCCCUGUCCUGCCCAUUGGGCCAAUACCAGACGGGGCCCUACCACCACAUAUGAUAGAGACUGGGGAGGCAGGAGCCCCCGGAAUCAUGAUCUCUUCCAAACCGCCCAAGGGGGCUGAUGGCAGCAUGACCCCUAUCAAGGGCUUCGCUGGAGCCCCAGCUUCCCCACCCUCUAAAGGGUCUUUAAAGCCUAAUAUGCCAGUUAUUUCUGUUGCCCACAUUCCCCUGAGACCGUCAUUGCACAAACCGUAUUUAACUGUAACAGGUGAGCGGGUGUCCUUCUCGGCUGGUCUCAACCUCCUGCCCUUCCCUGGUGAGGUGGGCAUCAUCCGCUUCAACAAGGUGUUGGUGAAUGACGGAGGACACUACGACCCUCACACAGGCAUUUUCAAUGUUCCCAUGGAGGGCCAUUACCUGCUGACUGCUGUGCUGACAGCCCAGAGAGGUGCCAGGGUGGAGGCAGUGCUCUCUGUGUCCAACCACAGCAUCCAGAGGCUGGACACGGCUGGUUACCUUCCUGCUAAUGGUGGCGGAGGUGGGGCUAGCUCCACUAGCUGUGACUGCGGAGGCUCAGCCUCCCUGAGCCUGGUUCUCACUCUGAAGCGUGGGGACAGGGCAGGUUUAGUCAUGACCGCAGGCAAACUUGCUAUCUCAGAGAACACAGAGGUCCUCUCGACGUUUAGCGUCGUGCUUCUCUACCCCACCUCCUCAAAAAGAUAACCCCCACCAAUGAGAAGCCUUAUAAAGCUCCAACCGUAAAACACUAGUUCUAAUUUAGAUGUGGGAAUGCCUUACAGGUAUUGUAGUAACUCAUGAUGGUACUUUAAAGCAAUCUUAUGACAGAGCUUUCAUACAAAAAGAAAUGUGUAUCAAAUAUUUUAUCAUAAGAUCGUUAUGGAGGGAACGGGGCUGGCUACUGCCAUUCAUGGAGUAUUCAUAUUUAGUGAUUAUAUUCUAAAGGCAACGUUUUUUUAAAUGACAUCUUUGAAUGUAUGCUUGUGUUGAUGUGUGUGUUCAAUUUGUUUACAUUUUUAAACCUGUGUAAUUUUAGGUAUUUGCAAAUGACUAUUUGUAUUGAGGACUAUCAAUUGUACAUAGCAUUGUAAGCGGAACUACUGUUAAACAAAUAGACUGGUCCUUUUCCUACCUGACAAGGGAUGCAGAACUUCAAAACGAGCACAGUUGUUUUGAAAGAUCUUUGUAUUUCAUCACCUCCCAGUGAGUCACAAUGUUCUUUAGGAACAAUGCCUGAAAAUGAACUGUUUUGAAUCAGAGAACUUCAAUUCUGCCCCUGGUACCAGUAAUAAAAGCUUUGUCUAAACAGUGGCCAUGAGUGUUUAUUAACUAUUGUUUCAUUAUAUAGGCCUAUUGUUAAUUAAUAGUAUCACUAUAAAUGAUAGAAUGGUUAAAGGGAUACUUUGGCAAUUAGCAUGCUAGCAUGUACCCAUAGAUUUCCAUUGA